AUGCCACUCCCCUCUCUCCGCCUGCUCAUGGGCUUCACUCCUCGCGACCUGUUCCCAUACCUCGACGGCUAUGUCGAGCGCGAACCCUGCAGUGAAAUCCUUGUUGAGCAGCACCUCCUCAUCAUGAGGCCUCACGAGCACUGUUGCGACUCUCGCCUGCACUACAAAGUCUUCAACCACAUCUACCCGUACGACGGGACCAAGACCUUCAGCAACCUGCCCGAAGAGGAGCUCCAACCCCCACAUCGUCUCUCCUAUGAACUCAUGCACCACAUCCAGACAUACUUGCGCAAACACAGGCCGUGGUUCAAGAAGCCAUGGACCGUCAAGGGGGCAAUGAGAAUCGACAAGCAGAGCUCGGCCUUUUUCUUGCCUCAAGUAUCGACCGAUUACACGCGAUACAUGGUCCUGCUUGAGCGCCGGAAGCCUUGUGAAUGUCACAGAUCGUGGAAGCCGCGACAUAAAGUGAACGUGGUGCCGAGUAAGAGGUGUCAAGAGCGACUGGAGAAGGAGUUGGAAAAGGAAAAGGCGAAAAAGAUCAAAGAAGGAACGAGAAGAUCAAGUUCCGCUCCGCCCACGUACACGUCUAGCGCUUAUAGCGUUUACCCCGGUGCCUUAGUCUAUCCAGCUGGAUGUUUUGUUGGUGGAAAUGCUUGUGCCAGUACAUGUUGUUGAAGGUGCGAGAUAGGAAGACGGGAUAUUGAUAUGAGCGCUGCAUGCGGAUUCUGACAUCUGGUCAAGGGUAUCAUAUUAAAAGAGAAUAUUUCUGUCGCAAUCGACCAUAGGAUUGUGGAGAGCAG